GAAGUCUCAGUUUGGUAGAGUAACUGUUAAAAGAGUGACCUGACAGUAACAUUUCAACUAGUUUUCAUCUUGUUAUAGUGACAUUUCAGGAUAAAAAGGAAAUGAGCCUCCAGCUGAUCCAAUAUUGGAGCCGUCAUGUUCGCUAAUGUACAUUUUGAUGUUCAUAACACCAUGACAGUCAAAGUCUUACACAGAAACAUGUUUUGAGUAGUUCAAGGUAUUUCUUUCGUUUUUUUCUUUCUUUCUUUCUUUGUCUAUUUCUGUCUGUCUUUCUUUUGAAUCUAUGAGAUAAACCACUAAUUUCAGUCGGGUCCCCAUGAGACCUUGUAUGUUUGUGUGACUGUGUCUGAGUCUUACAUAAAGGGCAGAUGGGCCCAGCUGGGCAAAUUUUCUCUCUGCGCUCAGCAAGACAGAUCCUUGGAGCGAACGGCAACAAUCCAAACACCUGGGCAUUCCACAGAGCACAAGGGCAAAGAUCACAGAGUGCAAAGAAUGAACCAAAAGAAUUAAACAAUUCAUUGCUCAGCUGGAAGAAUGGUGCAGUUCCAGGGGAGCCUGUGAAGAAAGAUGAAAACUCCAGACGGGGUAACUGGGGAAACCAGAUUGAGUUUGUCCUCACCAGUGUGGGCUACGCAGUUGGACUUGGUAAUGUCUGGAGGUUUCCUUACCUCUGCUACCGAAAUGGAGGAGGUGCCUUCAUGUUCCCAUACUUCAUCAUGCUGGUGUUUUGUGGCAUCCCAUUGUUCUUCCUGGAGCUCUCGUUUGGGCAGUUCACCUCUCUCGGAUGCCUGGGAGUCUGGAAGGUCAGCCCCAUGUUUAAAGGUGUGGGCUAUGGAAUGAUGGUGGUCUCUACAUACAUUGGAAUCUACUACAAUGUGGUGAUUUGCAUCGCAUUUUAUUACUUCUUCAUGUCAAUGACAAACGUGCUGCCCUGGACGUACUGUAACAACCCCUGGAACACACCUGACUGCAGUGGGGUGGCGGGAACUCCACGAGCGAAUGCCACCUUUGCCAACGUGUCUGCUGUCGUGUCUGGGGUGACUGAAAUAGUCAACCGGACUAAGAGGACAAGUCCUAGUGAAGAAUACUGGAGGAACUACGUGCUGAAUACAUCUGAUGGAAUUGGGAAUUUUGGGGAGGUGCGACUUCCCAUCCUAGGCUGUCUGGCUGUGUCUUGGGUCGUGGUGUUUCUUUGUCUCAUUCGUGGGGUCAAAUCAUCAGGCAAGGUGGUGUAUUUCACAGCGACCUUCCCGUAUGUGGUGCUCACUAUUCUCUUCAUCAGAGGAAUCACGCUGGAGGGAGCCAUCAUGGGCAUCAAAUACUACCUGACUCCUCAGUGGCAUAAAAUUUUAGAUGCAAAGGUGUGGGGAGAUGCAGCAUCACAAAUCUUCUAUUCCUUGGGCUGUGCCUGGGGUGGGCUGAUCACCAUGGCUUCAUAUAAUAAGUUUCACAAUAACUGUUUCAGAGACAGCAUCAUCAUCAGCGUAACAAACUGUGCCACCAGUGUGUACGCCGGCUUUGUCAUCUUCUCCAUCCUGGGCUUCAUGGCUCAUCAUCUAGGAGUGGACGUGUCGGAGGUGGCCGAUCACGGGCCGGGUCUAGCGUUUGUGGCUUAUCCGGAAGCCUUGACGCUGCUGCCCAUAUCACCUCUCUGGUCCCUGCUUUUCUUCUUUAUGCUCAUUCUGCUCGGGCUGGGCACACAGUUCUGCCUGCUGGAGACUCUGGUGACGGCUGUAGUUGAUGAGAUCGGUACUGACUGGAUUAUCCGAAAUAAGACGUAUGUCACUCUGGGCGUCGCCAUUAUAGGUUUCCUGCUCGGAGUACCACUGACCACACAGGCAGGGAUAUAUUGGUUGCUGCUUAUGGACAACUAUGCUGCCAGCUUCUCGUUAGUCGUCAUCUCUUGCAUCAUGUGCAUCUGCAUAAUGUAUGUCUAUGGCCACAGGAACUACUUUAGAGAUGUGGAGAUGAUGCUGGGCUUCCCUCCUCCCAUCUUUUUCAGGAUCUGCUGGAGAUUUGUGUCUCCUUUGAUUAUUACUUUCAUCCUGAUCUUUACAGUGAUCCAGUAUAAGCCUAUUACCUACAAUGACUACGUAUAUCCUAGUUGGUCAUUGGUCAUUGGGUUUGCCAUGGCUUUGUCUUCAGUAAUCUGUAUACCAAUCUAUGCUCUGUUCAAGAUUGCCAUGUCUGAGGGAUCCACAUUUGCAGAGCGUUUGAAGAACUCCGUCAAGCCGGACCCAGACUGGGGCCCGGCCCUCCAGGAGCACCGCAAGGGCCGGUACGCCGCCAUGGGCCCCGAAUCUGUGGAGGUGUGUCCCCUCAAAGAAGAACUAAAGGACGAGGGCAAAGAGAAACUCAAGGAGAAAGAAACGGAUGAGAUCGGUCUGACCAUCCCCGGAAGCAACGGCUCCACGUUGAACCCCACACCCAGCGCAUAGAGGAGCCCUUCCCCACCCUUCCCCCAGGACGGUUCCCGUUCCCCGCCGUCACCCGCUGCGGGAAAGGCCACUCUCGCUGGAGACCUUUACAUAUUGUAAGGGCUUUACGAAAUCUAACCUCUAGAGAAAUUGGUUGCCAUCCAAAAACCUUUUUCUUUCUGUUCACAUAAUUUAAUACUGCAGUUUUUUUAAAGACAUGUUCUUAUACAGGAGAUGUUUGCAUACACGCAGUGUGUAUAUAGCGCAUUGUACAAUAUUUUCACUCUGUGUUGAGUAGUGUGGAGGUGUGACCUGUAGCUACAGGAGCUACAGUAUAGGAUUUGACUGAUGUGUGUACAGUGGUGGCAGUGCUGGUCAGGUUUAAAAGCUGAAGACCAAAUAGUCUUUGUCAGACACUGUUAAUGGGAGCGUUUACAUUUUCCAUUUAUUUUUGGCAUUAGUUUAUAUGUAUGGGAAGGAUCUUCUUCACCUGUACUUUAUGUUGCAUGCAAAUGUGUAGUUGUCUGAUACCGCUAUUUCAAAAGCAAGUGCAGAUGUCUAAAUAAGCUGAUGGUCAGUAUAAUUUUAAUACAUGUGUAGCAAUACGAUUUAAUGGUAGCAAAUGAGUUCUGUAAGGUGUUUCUGUAGAUCAUCUGGUUAAACGUACCCAAGAUUUGCUUCCACUGACUUAACGGAGAGAAAAUCAAGCAUUAAAAAUCCCUUUAAGUUAAAGCAAAAAAAAGAUAUUUGGUCUUCAGCUCUUAUCGCAGUUACUGACGGAGGUACAAAACUUCUCAAGCCCAUUCUCAGGGUUACACACAGUUCGUUUUUGAACACCUGGAGACGAUUCAUCACCUACAUUAGUCGGCACGAGAGGUUAGGGGGUUUUUAUGUAGUCACCUCUACAUGAAAAACCAAAUCUGUUUAGUCUUCCGAGUCGAGGCAUCUCUGAGCAUGAGGGGGGAUGUGUGAUUACCGAAUCCUCUAGCUCCUUACUAGAUCCAGUACUGUAGUAUGCACACUAACCCUGCUCCUCACAGAAAAAGGCAUGUUACCAAAAACAUGUGCAGAAACCUUUAUAUUCUGAUGACUUUGCUGGUAUGUUUGUUUGUUGGCGUGUGUGCUUCGUGUAAUCAAUUUUAAGAGACUUGAACUGACUUGUAUGCUGAGCCAAGCGGUCUUACAGAUUUAACACUGAGCUUGCGGUGCAGUGAUGUUGCAUGCAGAAACAUCUGUCAAAUAACCUGUACAGUGUAGGCUAGAUUGUAUUUUUCCUUAAAAUAACAUAAAAUAGAGAUAAACAUUAGUUUUGAACAAUAGGAAAUGCAACAGUAUUAGGUCGUGACUGCAAACGGGUGACUGUUUUGGUUUUGUAGCUACUGUAAUACGGAGGAUGGAUAUAUUAAUCUUUGGUAUAAUGGUAGUAUGAAUGUUAUCGGUGUGGGUAGAGAGACCACAUGUCGAGACGCGUCAUAUCAUUCCAGUGGUGUUUUAACAAACCCCUCUUCUACAAUACAUACGGUUGUAGUGGCACAAACGCACAGAGUCGUGGGUACACUGUGAAUACGUCUGGAAUAUUGUCGGACGCCACGAAAGACGGAGUCUGGCAAUGCGGCUGCUAAUGUGCUAUUGCGUCACUUUUAUUACUUAAAUCACUGUAUAUAGUCAAGACGACUGAGUAGUUUAUUGUAAUUUCUGUCCUGGGUGUCGAAGGAGAAUAAACGAAAAACGUCUGAAGUCAGUAUUCAGAUGGCUGAUACUUGGCACAAUAGUCUACAUCGGUGUUUUAUGUACAUUUUAUUAAUCUCUGCAUGAAGGUUUGAUAAAUAUAUAUAAAUAUAUUUCAGAUUUUAUCCAAAUAUACAAAACACAAACUAAAAAAGCAGCAAAAAUAGAGAUGCAACAAUUUAAAGGGGACAUAUCAUGAAAAUGAGACUUUCUAUGUUUAAGUGCUAUAAUUGGGUCCCCAGUGCUUUUAUCAACUUAUAAAAUGUGAAAAAGAUCAACCCAGUAACUUAGUUUUGGUAAAUCAUUCUCUACAUGCAUGUGAAAAAAUAGCUCAUUAAAAUUUGGCUCCCCUUGUGAUGUCAGAAAGGGAUAAUACCGCCCCUUAAUCUGCACUAUCCAACCACAGCACUGCCAUUUAGUGCAGAGAUCAGCUCAUUUGCAUUUAAAAGGACACACCCAAAAACGCCACAUUUUUAAUGUUAAGUCAAUGUGAAGACACGUUGACGCGCGUCCGGAGGUUUUGCAGCGCGAAUGAGGCGUUACCGCGGCAAACGCGCAAGUUAAAUUUUUUUACUUUGGCGGAAAAACGCUCCAUUUUAACCAAUAGUAGUGAUGUGAUUACAGGAAGUGAGCAGAGCCGCAGAAGCCCCUCCCAUGACGCGAAUUUCCACGUGAAUGUCUCGAUGACUAGAAUUUAACGUGCGGCUUUCACGCGGGAAUGAAGCGAGUAAACUCAAACUGUUCAAGCGGCAAACUAGACGCGAUUUUGACGCUUCAAACGCGGCUGGCGUGAACCCACGGUAACACUUUGUAUAUUUUAACAAUGAUCUAUAUGAUAUUUUGAGCUAAAACUUCACAUAUGUACUCUGAGGACACCAAAGAUUUAUUUACAUCUUAAAAAAGUCUUGUGAAAUGUCCCCUUUAAAAAGCUAACCCUGCUGCCUAACAGGAGGUAUCAGACACUCAGGGGAGUACAGUAUACUGUAUGGUCUCAAGCUGUUACUGGGGCAGUACCAUUAAAAACUGUACCAUUUAGGAACUGUACAAAUACAUUACCUUUGAGGUACUAAUAUGAACUCUUUGGGUGCAAAGGUGUACUUUUUGAGAGUUUGGGUAGUUCCCCAGUGACUGCUGGCGACCAUUUUUUCGACAGUGUAGGUACAGGUUCGAGUCCAUGGUCAUCAAAGCACCACCAUACUUGCACGUCAAAAAGCUGGAGUUUUGCUGCCUGGUUUAGAGGUCACUAGACUCAAUACUAACAGCACUUUGUAUUUAGUGGUUCACUUUAGCUGGCUACCUGUACGGUAGCUACAAUGUUUAAUCGCUGUCAGAAAUUUGAAUGCACAAGAUUGAAAGUUGCUCUGGGCCUCAUUCGUCCUCUUGUUUGUCUGAUCUUGAACGUGGCAUGAAGACCAUGUGUGUGUCUAACAGUCCUGGAAGUUGAUCUUUACUCGGUUCACAAUCGAAAUAUUAUGCAUCGCACUGUUCCCAACUCCAUUGUACAGUAAUGUAAAAAGACAAAUACUCAAUGUUUGUGUUUUAUGUUUUUACCAGGGCGGGUUGGAUCAGGGGGAGAGGGUUCAAACUGCUGUAGCCGGGUUUAUUUUUUAGUCGUUUUUACUUGAUUUCUUAUAGUAAUGUAGCUAAUGUUAUGUGUACAGAGUGAUCGUGUAGUGGACGUUGAACUGCUGAUUCAAGUUAAGUAUGUUAGUGUCAAUGUUGAUGUCAGUUUUAAUCUGUAUGUAAUAUCCAUGUUGCCAUUUAACACAAUCUACCUUUGUAAGAGUUUUUCUUCUUAUUUUUCUAGUACUAAACCUGUAUUUUCACAUCAGAUGUUCUUAUUUUAAGAUGUGUUCAAGUGACACUACAUUUACUAUACUUCCUCAAGUCAGCUGAUCUUAAAUUGCCAAACAAAAGCUUUGGACUAGAACUUGAAAAAAAAAGGCUUUUUACAAGCCAACAGUGUUAUAUCUUCAUCUCAGUAUUAUACAGAAGUGAUUUGUAGUGUGCCGCAAACCCCUUUAAAAACAAUGGACAAUGAAAUUAAUUUUUUUGGAGAAAAAAACAAUAAUAAUACAACUGUGCCAAUCUUUCUCAAAUGCGCAUCUUAAAUUUUAAACACUGGUAAUAUGUAGAAACUUUUAUUUAGGAAUAUUAACAAAGAAUUAACCUAUGUAGUCAAUGACAAAAGAUCGGAUUUUGACUAGCUAUGGAAAGGAAAGUUUAUAAGACCAAAAGACGACUUCUCUUGGCGCUCAUACUCUUUAUAGGUUUAAUUUUACAAUUUGUGAUGACAUGAACCCCUUAAAUGAAAUUAAAAGGGUAAGUAAAUAAGCAAAACACUGCAAACUAAAGCACACAGAUAAAUACCUCUAUGUCCCAGAUGAAAAUAUCCAUUGAGCACAGAUGUGGUUGCAUAAAAUUAUUUGUAAAAUAACAGCAUGUCCCAGAUAAAACUGUGAAUGCUUUGUUGUUACCAUUACCAGUUUUCAUGUACAGCACAAACGAUCAAAUGUGUGCAUUAAAGUCGCCAUGAAACAAAAGUAGCAAUGGUCUUUUUUCUUUUUUUAAAGAUUAUGAAAGCACAUAAAUAAAAAAUUAUAAUAAUGAAGUGCACAGUAUUUCAUAAAAAAAGUUUUUGCUUUCAAUUUCAUGGCAACUUUAAGCAACAUUGCAAAAAAAUGCAACCUUUUUGUCCCAUGUCCUGUGUCCUAAACAAAGUGAUGUCUUUACAAUAGUGUAUGUGUACUACUGUGCUCAUGGCAAUAUAAAAGUGACGUUGUAGAAGUGUAACAAGCACAAUGGAAUGAGCUCAGUGCUUUUAUCAAACCUAUCUAACCAUGUCUUUUCAAAUGUAGGGCCAAACUCCAUUGAAAUUGUCUUAGUCUUGUCAGUUGUAUCUUAAACUGUUCCAUUUGAAAUGGUAAAUAAAGUUUAUUUUAAAAAUCA